AUGUAAUACAACAAUGAUUCGAGUGUAGAAAUCAUUUUAGUUGAAAAUGAAAAAUCAAUUAGUAUUGAAGAGUCAAAAAAUAACAAAGUUUAGAUAAAGAAGUUAUUUCAACAAGGAAUGGAUUUGAUUAAGAAGGACGAAGUUCUAAAGGGUAGUUCGUAGAUUUAUGAAUUGGCCAAGAGGAAACUUAUAAGUUGGAAGAAGUAUUUGAAAGGGCUGAUGAAAUAGCAUAAGGAUGAGAAGAUCUUUGAGUUAUUGGAGAAGAAGAGGAAGGCUUUGAGCUAGUACGAAAGAAGUGGAAUUCACCCGGAUGUUGUAGUGAAGAAGGGAUAUUGGGUUGUUUUCAUAGAGUAUAGAUGGGAGUGCAGGAAAUGCAAAAGACAGUUUAUGGAGGAUAAAUAUGCGAAGAAACAUAUGGCGAAAAAGUGUUUUAAGGGGGAAUCUAGAGAGAAACCAGAAGAGAAACAAGUUAUAAUAAAGAAGAUAUUCAAGAGAGCGUGA